AUGUCUCUGCUGAAGGAGCGCAACAGAGAGCUCGAGCGCUUCGACGGACUCUCCCUCAUCUACUGCGCAAACUCAGCUGACAGAGAACCUACAGAGAACCCAACAGAGAACCCGACAGAGAACCUGACAGAGAACCUGACAGAGAACCUGACAGAGAACCUGACAGAGAACCCGACAGAGAACCCGACAGAGAACCUGACAGAGAACCUGACAGAGAACCCGACAGAGAACCUGACAGAGAACCCGACAGAGAACCCGACAGAGAACCCGACAGAGAACCUGACAGAGAACCUACAGAGGAGGUGA